AUAAAUUUUUAUUUCUUUCAUUUCAAAUGUAAAUAAAUUGAAAUUUUUAAUUGAGCACAUAAAGUGUCAAUAUCCUUGCAGUUUUAUUGCAACCAACUCGAAACAGUUAUACAAACGUCCCGCUUUACGAUUCUUAGCUGAUUUUUCCGGUUUUAAGUCGUAAUGGAAGGCGGUCCGGACUCCCAACCGAAGAAAACUCGAGUCGAUUUGGGGUCUUUACCGACUCGCCAAUAUUUGGAUCAAACUGUAGUCCCAAUUCUGAUGCAAGCCUUGUCUCAUUUGGCCAAAGAACGGCCCCCCGAACCGAUCUCAGCUCUCGCGGCGUAUCUCCUUAAACAUAAAGCGACCUACGAGCAAGGCCCUGAAAAUUCUCCACCUCCUGAACCGGAAAACAAAAGUUAAGUGUUAUUUUAAUGUAAUUAAAUGGGGGCCACAUUUUGGUGGUGAUUCAAACACAAAGUGAUGCGAAAACAAUUUAUUGAAACAUUUUGCAGUUUGUAUCAAUAUCAUUAUUUAUAACAUAGAUAAAAUUCUAAGUACUUUUAAAUAAUAAAAAAAAUGGUACUAAAAACAAUCUAUAAUAAAAUUUGUCACUAAA